AUGGCCACCAACAAGAUGCAAAACCUCAUCAACUACCGGAUGCGCGUAACCUUGAACGAUGGUCGCCAAAUGACCGGCUCGAUGCUGGCAUUCGAUAAGCACAUGAACCUCGUUCUCGCAGACACAGAAGAGUUCCGUCGCAUCAAGCGGAAGUCCAAGACCACCGGUCCCACAAAUGCCCCGCUGGUCGAAGCGGAAGAGAAGCGAACUCUCGGUCUGACUAUUGUUCGCGGAACUCAAGUCGUCUCAUGCUCUGUUGAUGGUCCUCCCCCCGCAGACCCCUCUGCCCGACUUGGCACUGCCGGUCCCGGUGCCUCUGCCACUCUCGCUGCUGGCCCCGGUAUCAGCAAGCCCGCAGGCCGUGGCCUGCCCGUUGGCCUCGGAGGCCCUGCUGCCGGAGUCGGUGGCCCCCCUCCCCCUGGUGGCUUCGGUUUCCCUCCUGGUGGUUUCCCUGGUGCUCCUCCUCCUGGCUUUGCCGGUCGUGGUGGUCCCCCCACUGGACCUCCCGGCUUUGCCCCUCCCCCUGGAUUCGCUCCUCAGGGUGGUCCUCCUACCGGCUUCCAGCCUCCUCCUGGCUUCCAACCCCCUGGUCAGGGACGCGGAUUCCCUCCCCCCGGCUUCCCCGGACGUUAA